AGACAAGUUUGCUGUGACAUUUUAACUUUUUGGUCGUUCGGAAUUAAAUACCAUUUUUGAACUGAAACGAAGAAAAUGGCGGGAAAGAAGUAAAUAAUAAAUAUUUUGACAGCGAAGUAAAUUGUCUUUACAAAAAAGCUGAUUUAUGAAACAUGCAUGGAACUGAUAACGAUGAAUUCUUCUAUGAAAACAACUAAUUCAGAUUCACCUAAAACUCCAGGAGGGAUCAGUAAGUCCUUACUUACUCCUUGUCGCCGUGUUGGGCUCUCACGUAAAUGGAAAAAAAGUGGAGUUUCACCCUUUAUAUCACCUUUAUCUAGUGCCAGCAGCAAUAAAGAAGUUAAACUAGACAAUCAAAUAAAAAAGAGGAAAAGAUGCAAUGCAGAAGUAGAAGAAACAGACACUGGGGAUGAAUCUUGUGGAGAAAUUGGUUCUGAUAUCUGUAACACACCUAAAAUUGAUAUAGAUCGUACUCCUACGCGCAGUUCAUUACCUAGGAAAAAGAGUAAAACAAUUAUUACUGCCCAGGAAGCAAAGAAAUGCCAGGAAGAAGUUGAUACGGUACCCCAAAGUAUAUCUGAAUUAAACAACAUAAAUAUUAAAAGUCAUGAUGAUAACUUGCAACAAGAUAGUAUUAAACAAAUAAGUAAUGUUAUCCAUUUAAUAACUGAUGAUGAGAAUGUACAACAAGAUGAAAAACAAGUAACUAAAGUUUCAAAACUAUCUAGAAAGAAUUCAAAAAAAGCUAAAAUUACAGUAGAAUCUGGUAAAACUGAGCAGACAAUAAACUCUAAUAUUAUUGAAAAUUUUGAAAAGAAUGAAAAUCAAUUGCAAAAUAAAGAUAUUAGUAAAGAAAAAAGUCCAAAUAACUUAACUAAAGAAUGCAUUGUUUUUAUACAAAAGAAAAUAUUUAAAACAAUAAAAGAUAUAACCCAUAAGAAUAUUACAUCUACUGAAAAUAUAAAAGAAAGUGUUCCAACUGUUCAAUCAGGAUCUCAAACUCUAUUUGAUUCUGAUUCAGAUGAUGUACCACUAUCAAAUUUUAAUACAAUGGUUGGUUCAAUAAAAACGGACAAAGUUAUAGAAGAAAUAACUAUAUAUCCGAAAGAGACUGAAGACAGAAGUGAUUUAUUGAAACAAAAUUCUCAUAAUAUAAUGGAUCUGACUACUAAAGAAAUAGAUGACAAUGAUUUCAUUGAAAAAAAGAAAGUGAACAUCAAAAGAGUAGAGAAAACCACAUCUACAACUGGCUUAAAGAAUAAAGCAAGAGAAAAACCUAAAACAACUAAACUACAAAUAAAAUCAAAACCUAAACCCUUAACUCAAAGUUCAAAUUCAUUUGAUGAUGACGAUGAUUUUGAUUAUGGUAAAAGUAAGACCAUAUUAAUAAAACGAACAUAUGACAAAGUAACAAAACCUCUUAAAAUGAAAUCUACAGGUUCUAUAACUCAAAAAGAUAUAGAUGAUCUAAAAGCAAGGAUAGAAAGUAAGAAAAACUUGUUACUUGCCAAAGCAAUGACAAAUGAAACUAAAGAAUUAAGAGAUUUAAUAAAAAAAUGGCAACUUGGUUGCCAGACAGCAUUAAAUGAACUAUUACAUUUAAUGAAGCAAAAAAUGCCAGAUCAGAAUAUGGAGCAUUCAGAGUUAUUGCAAAUGCUAAAGAUACCACCUGAUUUAGUAGGUUAUGAUUCUGAUAGUGAAUGUUUUAAUACACCUGAUGAUACUACAGUUAUUCUGUCUGCUUUAAAACUUAAUUAGCUUAUGUUCAACAGUGAAAAUAGUUUAGUUAGGUAAUUUAGAAGCUGAUUUAAUUGAUUAAUUGUUUUCUAGCAAUGUGCAAAAACAUCACAAGUGACUAUUCUGUACAAACCAUGUACAGAAUGUGGGUGUGUAUUGCUCAUAAACACCCCUGUAAGCUGGAUCUGUGAAAAUAUGCAAAGCACUUAAAUAAUAAUGGUUUUUUAUGGUAUACAUUGUUUAAAUGAAAACCAAAUUAGGUAGGCUUUAGAGGUACAUUAUUUAUCUGAGACUUAUCUGUGGAAUCAAAAUGCCAAGUUUUUUAGUAAACCAUUGUCAUAGUAUUUACUGGAAUAAAUCAGAUAUAGACCUAAUGCCACAUGCUAAAGUAAAGUCAAGCGAUUUCUGUCACUUUAUUCUGUAACAAGUUGUUUAUUAAACAACUUAAAACUAGUUGAAAUUUAAUAUUUAAUAAUAUUUUAAUAAUACAUAAUGAUAUUAAUAAACAUAAAAUUUUUAGUUUUACUAAGAAUCCCUUGCAUUCUGACUUGAUUAAAGGUGGAAGGUUUUGAAUUAAACACAAUUUUUGUACAGCUGUUUAUUAUUUGUUACAAUUAUUUAUAGUAUAAUAAUUAUUGUUCCCUUGCGGAGCAUAGUCUUCUUUGAUAGGUUAGAGGAUUCUAGAGCAAAGAUUAUUUCUGUUUGGCAAUUUAAUUUAAAAAUAGUGACAUUUAAUAUGGUUUCGAUAAUUAUAUGGAAUGUAAUAAAAUUGUAUACAAAAUGUACAAAAUCUGUGUUUCUUUAAAGUUUAGUAUAGAAUAAGUAUUUUCAAUUAUCUGGGACUAAAACUCGUUCGAAUUCUUGCCAAAAAGUUUGCUUGUACCAGU